AGUCGCACUGCUCAGGUAGCCGGUAAGUAAUAAGCCAGGACCUUGAGCUGAAGUGAAAACAUAGGACGAGAGAGCUUGCAGGGAAUAAACACUGAGGCCUAACAUGCGCCAGGCGGUUUGAUUCACCAAGGUUUACCUGAGAGUCACCCCUACCUGUGGGCCGAGGAAGCCGGAAUGUACUCCAACUCACAGACGGCCAGGCUCCCGGCUCAGACACUGUCACUGAACAGUCAGUACAUCUCAACUCCGUAUGACUUCACCGGUUACCAUCACGUCCCGGGAGUCGGUGAGCCGACGACAGGUGCAUGGAACCCCAUGUACACUCCCCGGGAGGAGUAUCCCUACAGCUUCCCGGGGUCAAGCCCCAGCUUCGGCCAGGUCAACUUCUCUUCCUCUGAGUUAAACGGCACGCCCACCCCCGCUGGUGGGGGGUCGUCCAACCCGUACAACUUCAUUUCCGGACAGGACCCCUUCAGCUCCAAGAGGAGACCCCAAGACUCCAUCAGACCGCCCGUUUCAGUAGGAAAGACUCGCACUCACGACAAGUAUAGGGUGGUGUACACUGAUCAGCAGCGCCUGGAGCUGGAAAAGGAGUUUCAGCACAACCGCUACAUCACCAUGAGGAGGAAGAGUGAGCUGUCAAUGGCACUGAGCCUCUCUGAGAGACAGGUGAAGAUCUGGUUUCAGAACAGACGUGCAAAAGAGAGGAAGGUAACCAGGAAGAAGCUGCAGCACUCCCAGCAGGCCUCUACCACUACACCCACCCCACCUGUGCUGGGUGGACCAGCUGACACCCACAUCCCCACCAGCCCCAGCAGCAACAUUUUGUCUGACACAGUGCCAGAAGAAUACUAGCUGGAUUUCACAUUGCACAGAUUCUGCAAGAAAGAUGUACAUAGUGUGUGUUUUGUUUGCCACAGAAUUAAUAAGAGAAUGCUGCACUUCCCUACCUUUAAAAAUAACAAGCACUUCAUAUCAGUUGCAUUGAUCAUUCCCACUAAACAUUUGCCAGGCAUAAAAAUGUAAAUAUGGAUCAUUAUCAGCACCAAGACACUGAUUUUAAAGACCAAGAAUUACUGGAUAACUUGUCACUUGUUAAAUCUUUGUGCCGUCUUUCACAAUUUCUGGUGAAAGUUCAAAUUUAGAAGUUCCUCUGUCUUUAAUGUACAGAGAUUUUGAAAUCCAACUGAAUUUUUGUUCACAGCAUAAGACUGCAAAUGAUAUUGCAUCUGGUCAAUUAAUAAGAAUUAGGAUAGGAUACGUGUAUGUGUGUUUUUUUUGUGUCUAUUUUUUCUAGGUGUUUCAAAUUAAGGAAGUCAAAAACAAACUUUUAUAACAAACAGUUAAACAACAAUUUAAUGUUCCCUAUGUGGAAUUAUGUUGAUGCAGUUUACUGUUUACUUUCAAAAGUAAAGACUGGUGAGUUUCAGAUUAGAGAGAGGAAGGCAGCAGUUAUAUGGAAGGCUUGAAUGCAAAAAAAAAAAAAAAAAGAAGUUAAAAAUAAGGAAGUGCAAGUCAUGGGACUCUGACCUGAAAACAAAUGCUUUGGUUUUUGCUUUUAUUUGUCAACAGCUUUAUAACCAGGCAUGAAAAUGAAGUGACAACUCAUGUUUUUUUUUAUUUGCUUUAGAUAUAAUGUCUUUAUCAUUUCUUUUUUUAAAUAGGACUGAGAGAAAUGUGCUUUAAAAAGACUCUGGAAUAAGACAUUCAGACAAAGUCACAUCCUGUAAAAAUGGCCACAGUCAUUGUUCUGCUAAACACACACAUAUCUGAAGAGAAAUCAGUCUCUGCUCCUCUAGUCCUCUGAGUCUAUAGUACUGUAAGUAAUGUAUGCACUGUUAAAGUAUGUUCACUACAGAGUGUUCACAGAUUGUUUUAGAUUGUUCCUUUUUGAGGCUCACAAAAGUGGAAGGAAAAAUGAUAAUUUUAGCUAUGUAAAUUUAGUCUUAUCAUAGCUGGUUGAGCAAGGCAAAAACACAGCAAUUUUCAAAAUAAACCACUGUCUAGACCAGCAUGUAUGCGCAACUCCUGUUUUCUACCAGUCUUUUGUGCAAUUAAAAAGUUUUCCUUUU